UGUGUUGUUGUUUAUUUGGAGGACUGUCUAAAUAAUAUUAAUAAGAUCAGAGACAGUCUCCACCAUACUAUUCAUACAAAUUGCUACUUUGCUUUUCAAUAUAUCCAACAUCAUAUUUGUAUAUGAUUAUAAAAUUCACUGCUUUGCUUUUCCAUCUUCCAUCUCCUAAUAUUUGAUUUCUUCUUCUUAACUAUUCGUAAUCACUUUGUGAUUUUCAUAUAUAAAUCAGAGAGAUGGCCGAUCCAAACACAAUUAGGACUAUUGUAGGAAUUAUUGGUAAUGUCAUAUCUUUCUUCCUCUUCCUGUCCCCUGCGCCAACAUUUGUGAAAAUUGUGAAAUCAAAGUCGGUGAUGGAAUUCAAGCCAGAUCCAUAUGUUGCAACGGUGCUAAAUUGUGCAGUGUGGGUAUUUUAUGGUAUGCCCUUCGUUCAUCCUGACAGCCUUCUUGUUAUCACCAUCAAUGGCUUUGGUCUCGCUCUAGAGUUGUUCUAUGUCGCCAUUUUCUUCGUCUACUCCGAUUGGGCAAAGCGUCGCAAGAUCAUUAUUGCUUUGGUAAUUGAAGCAAUCUUCAUGGCAAUCCUUAUCUUCGUCACACUGACAUUCCUCCAUGGCACUAAGUCAAGAUCCAUGCUUAUUGGAAUAGUCGCUAUAGUUUUCAAUGUACUUAUGUACACCUCACCAUUGACAGUCAUGAAGAAAGUUAUCACUACCAAGAGUGUCAAAUACAUGCCAUUCUUCUUGUCAAUUGCAAACUUUGCUAAUGGCAUUGUUUGGUCAUGCUAUGCACUCCUCAAAUUUGAUCCCUAUAUCUUGAUACCCAAUGGUCUGGGAACAAUAUCUGGAUUGGUGCAGCUCAUCCUUUAUGCAGCUUUUUACCGCACUACCAAUUGGAACGAAGAUGAAAAAGAGGUUGAACUCAGCGCUUCCAAAACCAACAAGUCAUCAGAUGUCUGAUAAAUAUAGCUACUAGAUGGCUGCAGAGACAAAAACCUCCACACUCCUAAUUUUCUAAAGAAAACCAUAUGGUGCUUAUAGAGAAAAAAUAGAAAGAAAAAAAAAUCGAAUCAGUUUUAUAGAAUUUAUUUACCCCAUGUUUUCACUUCAUUUCAUUGUAUAUACAGGAAAUGAUAUAAAUAAACACAUAUUGUGCUUAUUUACCAAAAUAUAUGUAUGAGAUAUAUGAAUAUCAGUAUACCUUCGGUUU